AUGUUCUACACAGGGGCUGCCUCAAGCAGGUGUCUACAUGAUGAGACACAUAGUCUGAGCCUUCUCGGGCCUCCUUUCUCCCAACUUCCCCCAAACUUGUGUUCGUCCUCCCUCACCCUCCCUAGUCCCCAGGAUCCUCAACCCCUCCAAACCCAAACCUGCCAUAUUGGAGAUCCUGUAUCAAAGGGAGCUUGGAAUCCUGAAGAAGAUGAGGUGAGAGGGGAAUCCUGAGCCCUGGCAGCAGGGACAGAGGCUGAAGAGUGAGAAAGCUGAAGAGUGCAGGAAGACUGAAGAGUCCCUCUAAAACAAGGACCCCUGCUUCUGAAUCCAAACCCUGCACAAUACUGCCAUGCUGUCUGGGGAGACCUAGACAACCCAAACUACCACAGGCAGAAACCCCACUACUGGUCUAUCCAGAAAGGGGGGCCAGGGAUCCAAAACACUGAUUUCCUGUAUGUGUGGGUUGUCCACACUUCCAAGUGCCACCAAGAGGGGAGGAUCAAAUCAAAUCCCUUUUCUUGGCUCUCUAUCGUAGCCCCCACUGCCUGCUGCCAGCUGGACUAAGAAGACAGGCCGCUUGCUGAUACCACUGUCUACUGCACCCAGCACUUCCCAGCCUCAGCCACAGUGUCAUGGUCAUGUCAUGUGUCCUCGGCCACAUUCCAUGAACUGCUCCAUGCCCUGGGUUUCUCUGGAUGGCUCUUUCAGACAUGGAGGGAGGGCAUCUCUCCUUUCAGUCUUAGAGAGAACUAUUCUACAAAGCAAGUGACAAGGCGAGAUGAGUGGGGAUAGCUGCUUUCCACCACAGCUGGCCAAGCACUUGGAACUGGAGGAGGCUCACUGGGUGCUUCCUUGGAAGAAGAAGAGGGAGCAGUCAAGUGCUACCUCCUCCCGUGGGGCCCUUUGUCUUCACACUGGGAGGUCUGACUACUCCAGGACUAAAUGACUGCUACCUAUGGCAGUGCCCAAUGUCCUAGGCUUGACCCAAUCACUUGCUGCCUUCAAAGACUCAGGCUGAGGCCUCCCUGGUGGUCCAGUGGACCGACCACCUGUGGGAAUGGCGCCCCAGGCUUUUUCUGUACUGGCAGCGGACUGGGCUGCCACUACCUGCGCCUGGAUAAAUGAAGCUGCUCCCCAGACCCCACUCUGGAAGACCCCUGCAGGUUCAAGCCCUUGAUCGGUGGGAAUGAAUGCUGAAAGAAGGGAAAUGGAUUCCCACCUGGGGCAGAGAAUCCCCAUGGGGAGAUCUACCAUCCUUAGAGCCCCCGCUUCCUUGCCAACCUCACUUCACAGCUGCUCCCUGGGGACGAGACCAGACAUCCCUCUCGGAUGCCACAUGUCAAGGAAGCAGAGCUCACUGGCUGCUGCUGUUUACAUCAAUACCUGGCUACUAUGAUCUUCUGUUCCUCGUGUUGGUUGUGUUAGACUAAUGAAGUUACCAACGCUAUUACUUACAAACCUGUAAGUCUUUCAAUCCAAGACCUGUUAUUCCAGCUGUCUUUAGGAUUAGUUGGGCCCCCAGGAGACUCCCUGGGGAAGGAAGAGUGAGAAACACUGACAGAAGCAGUACUACAGGCUCUAGUGAGCAGAGAAGGCACUGGCAGAGAGAUCAGUCCUUUUAUGUGCUAUAUUCACAGCCCCUUAAUUACCACUAGUCUGGUGUUCACUGCACAUAUGUGGAAAUCUCCUGGCUGCCAAGGGUCUUCAGUUGGUAUGCUGACUAGGGCUCUGACCUUUACCCUCCAGAAGAAACCUCUAGAAGUAUCAUUAUGGAGGAGCCACCCUUACCAUAAAAUACAGUAA